AUGGGUUCGAUAAGGGAGACACUCGAGUAUGACGCCGUCCUUAUCGGUGCCGGCUUUGGAAGCUUCACUAUGCUUCCAAAGCUGCGUAGAUUAGGGCUUCAUUGCAAGAUAUUUGAACGGGGUUCGGGCUCUGGAGGUGUCUGGCAUUGGAAUCAGUACCCUGGUGCCCGCGUCGACAGCGACUCACCAGCUUACCAGUUCUUUGAUCGCGAGAUCUGGGAGGAUUUUACCUUCUCUGAGCGGUUCCCUGGGUUCCGCGAACUGCAAAAGUACUUUCAGCAUGUGGAGAAAAAAUGGGAUCUUCGAAAAGCCAUUGAAUAUCACAAAAACGUUACUUACGCACAUUGGGAUUCCGACUUUCAACGCUGGAGGAUAGGUUGUUCUGAUGGUGCAGAGACACGAUGCAAGUGGCUGUUUGCCAAUGUGGGAUUUGCGGCUAAGGAGUACAAGCCGUAUCUCAAAGGUUCCGCCAACUUUGAAGGUGAAAUAUUUCACACCGCGCAUUGGCCACACUAUGAUGUCGCUCUCAAAGACAAGCGAAUCGCCGUCAUCGGAACUGGGGCCAGUGGAAUUCAGGUUAUUCAAGAAGCUGGAUCGGUCUGCAAGCAUCUUACGGUCGGGGUUAUUCUGAUCGUCCUGAGUCUACCAAUGCGACAGCGCCGUCUAGAUCCCGUGGAAGAGCAAAAAAAGAAAGAUAGUGGCGUUUAUGAGGCGGCUUUCAAAGAGUGCGAGAAAACAGACGCUGGGGUGCCGUACCAGACAAACGGCCGCAACACCUUUGAUGACACAAGUGAAGAGCGCGAAGAAUUUUGGAAUCAACUCGUGCAGGACGGCGGCUUCAAAUUCUGGGUCGCUGGCUACGCUGAUCUGACAGUGAACCAAAAGGCCAACGAUGCCGCUUACGACUUUUGGCGCCGCAUGGUCCUUCAACGCAUCAAGGACCCUCAGAAAGCACGGCUGUUGGCGCCGAAAGUUCCACCGCACCCGUUUGGCGCAAAACGUCCGUCGCUAGAACAGAACUAUUUCGAGGUCCUUAGCCAGCCAAACGUCGAUAUCAUUGACGUGAACGACCUGCCUAUACAGGAGAUCAACGCAAAAGGCAUCUUGACCGCUGCGGGGCAAGUUGAUGUGGACUUGAUCAUACUCGCCACUGGCUUCGAUGGCUUGACAGGGGGCUUCAUGGACAUUGAUCUACAAGGCAUUGGUAGGAGGACUUUGAAGGAAUACUGGAGUGACGGGGUCAAAACAUCCAUGGGGAUUUCGAUCCCAGGCUUUCCCAACCUAUUCUUCCUGUUUGGACCACAAGCACCUUCGACAUUCUCAAACGGACCGUCCUGCAUUCAAUUCCAGGGCCGCUGGUUCGAGAAUCUAGUCCAGCGAAUGCUCGCCGACGGCAUAGAAACAUUGGAAGCCACCGAGGAAGCCGCCGAUAUUUGGGUCGAGAAAAUCCGUGAGCGAUGGGAGGCAACUCUGCUCCCCCAGGGCAAGAUAAGUGUCUCUCCUCGUCGAAAGAGGGUUCCUUACUGA